AUGUCGUCGCCUUUUUGCCUAACGCGUUCAUUAGCGGAAAAUCUACCUCAAAGUGUCUGCGCUGUUGUGGAAAAACGCCAGCGAAGCGAUUCUACCAAGGCGGCAUCGGCCUAUGGAGAACAGAUGGGUAGCCCGGCCCCCUCCUCUACGGUAGCUCCUACCUCUACGAUGCAAUGCGAAUGCGAUGCGAUACGAUACUUCCCCUCAAUGAUCCUUGCAAAAAACCUAAUACCAAUAUGCUCACAGUUUUUCAUUGCACUUGUGCUGUUUGCCAUUGCGGCUAUACGGGCAACUCCUUUCAACGGGCACGAGCAUUAUAGCGGUCGUGGCGCCUCGAGUCAUGCUUCGGUGCAUUUGACAUCUCAUGACGAUCAUCAUGAGGGGGCCCACCACGGUCAUGGAAACGGACACGAUGGCCCCCAUGACUCGCAUUCCGAAUAUGACUUUAAAUAUGGCGUCAAGGAUCACAAGACGGGAGACGUGAAGGAGGCCAGUGAAUCACGUCACGGCCAUAAGGUUACCGGACACUAUGAGUUGAUAGAUGCCGACGGACACAAGCGCACUGUCCACUACACCGCAGACAAGCACAAUGGCUUCCAGGCCACUGUCCAUCGCGAGAAGCUGUAUGAUCAUCAUCAGGUGGCUGUCGAGCAGCACGGACAUGGACACGGCCAUGGAAGCGGCUAUGAGGGUGGACACGUAGAGUUCGAGGAUUAUUCCGCACAGUCCGGACAUGGUCAUGAGGACUACAGCCAUGGUCUUGGUCAUGGUGGUCAUGGCAGCGUCUCUCAUACCAGUGGCUACUCUCUAAAGCAGGAGCACGGAUCUGGACAUGGACACGGAAUCUGACACUCUUCAGAACACGAGCAUGGACACGAUAUCAUUGUUAA